CGCCGGGUCCCCCCGGGUCCUGGGGACCACACAGUAGAAAAGAGAUCUCUGGAGCAUCCUGCAAGCCGCCCUGUUACCGCCAAAGGGCCAGCACCUAUCGCUGGUCCCAGGGCGAAGACGCCCAGCGAACCACAGACUCGCCCUGCCGAAGCUGGGGCUCCGCGCAGCGCGUCAGCUAUGAGGCUCAGAAGUGACUGUCCACAGUCAACCUAUCUUACUAUUCUGAAGGAAUAUUUCAAGCCAGAGAGGCUAACCAAAUUGGAGAACAGGGUAAAAGAGAGGACAACGAAGGCACUGAAAAAGCUGGACAUGCUUAUCCAGGAAGCGCGAACCCACCAGGAAUGGCUGCUGCAGGGUAGCAGGCAACUCCAAGAAGAAAAGUUACGCGAGGAGGCUGAGAACAACUCCUUUUUGAAAUACCUGAGCAGGAAAAACGAUCAAUGUAGAAAGAAACACGAAGAGCUGUGGAGGCAGUAUCUCCAUGAGUGUGAGGACUUGGAGCAGCGGAGACAAGCGUUGGUGUGCCUGUAUGCCCAGCGAACGGCAGACCUUCAAGCACAGCUCUUGCAGGGCAGAAAGACCCAGUCCAGCCUGAAGCAGCAGUUACAGGCAAUGAGGCAUAUUUCUUUAGUGAAGGAAAGUCAGGAAAUGAAGGUACAGAUGUUACUGAAAGAGAAGGAGAAGGUCAAAGCUGAGGCAGUUGUCAAGGACCGGGAGGCACACCUGCAGUUCCUGCAACAAAAGGCACUACUAGACAGACAAAUGAGUGAACUAGAUAAGCUAUGGCUGGGAGGCAGAAACACAGGGGAACUUAACAGCAAGGUCGAGGCCUUGAAGUUGACAGCCAAGAAGGCUUAUUCUGAUUUUUGCCGUGAGGUCAGCAGAGAGAAUCAGGAGCUAGUGAAGGAAUUAUGGCAGCUAAGUCAGGAAUACCACAAGCUGGAGGCUAUUAAACUGAAGUUAGAAAAGCAGAUACAGCAGCUGAAGAAGGAGCAGUGGUAUCUAGAAGCCUUAAUCAGGGGGAGACAGCGACUGGCGGAAGAGUGUGGGGAUCAAUUGUACUUGUAAUCAGUGCAUGAAAGAACAGAGGCCCCAAAGGUCACACUGAGACAACCCACAAAUACCAAGUCAAGAAUAAAUCCAAAAUAAUUUUUGCAAAAACGGAUGAAAUAAGAUCUGGAAGAACUCUGCUUGGUUACUAUAUAAACCUACUGGGAAAGAAUUUGGAUUGCCUGUGAUACUGGAAAUGAUCUAUUUGGAAAAUCACUUUGAAGUUGUUUGUGGCCAUUGGACAAUGUAGGAUCAUCACUCUAGACUACGAUUCACACUCCAAUAAAUCACUAUUCUAGCCUAAGGCUAUCAAAAGUCCAAAAAUACAACUACCCUGAAUGAGUAUACUAAUUUAUGAAGGAAAUUUUAAACAAGCUAAUGUUAUAGAAAGUGGGUGAGGUAAACAUUAGGCUAGACUUAAGUGAUAAAACCUAUUAAACAAGCAGCAGGGAAAGAAAUGUCCCAGGCAGGGGCAGAAGUGAAUCCAAAAGGCUCUAAAAUGUGAGCAAGGUUGGUAAAUUAAGAGAAAUCUGAAGCUGGGUGUGGUGGCGCACGCCUUUAAUCCCAGCACUUGGGAGGCAGAGGUAGGAGGAUCACCAUGAGUUUAAAGACACUCUGAGACUGCAUAGUGAAUUCCAGGUCAGCCUGAGCUAGAAUGAGACCCUACCUUGAAAAGCAAAACAAAACAAACAAAAAAUCUGUACACGGUGAUUGUAUAGUUGGGAGAUGAUAAGAGAAUAUAGGUAGUGGAAAGGAAAACAAAGCUAGCAAGAGAGACAGGAGACAAUGAAUAAUGAUGUUGUUGGUUCAAACAUUUGGAAUCUGGAUGCACAAUGAUACCAUAUGCCAUACCACAGAAGAAAUGACUACAGGAGAGAAAGUUAAAAGUGUGAGUGCACCUUGAGAAACAUACCUGAAGUGUUGCCUUUAGGAAGGAGAUGGGGCUGGGAGU